CACAGAGCUAAAAACUUGCACGGCUUGAGGAGUGGAUACAAAAGAAACUGGAGCUUGCAUGAAGGAUCACAUUGUUUCUCUGCACCGAUUCACGCCUAACGGAGUUGAUAUCAAUCUGAGACGGCGCGGGCUGUGAUAUUUCUCUGAUUCGGCUUCAGGAUGAUGAAGUUUAGGUUCAGACGGCAGGGGAACGACCCUCAUCGUGAGAAAAUCAAACAGGAUCUGUUUGCAUUCAAUAAGACUGUUGAACAUGGAUUCCCAAACCAGCCAAGUGCUUUGGCCUAUGAUCCCAAACUGCAGCUUAUGGCCUUUGGAACUAAAUCAGGGGCCAUCAAAAUAUAUGGGGCUCCUGGGGUGGAGAUGACUGGACUUCAUAAAGACACUGCUGCCGUCACUCAGAUACACUUUCUCUAUGGACAGGGGAGGAUACUUUCUUUGUUGGAUGAUAACACCAUUCACCUAUGGGAGAUUGUGCAGAGAGAAAACCGAUCACAUUUGGUGGAGGUUCACAGCUUCAGCCUGCCUGGCAGGCCAGGCAUCGAGAGCACCAGUGCGACACGUGUGACCGUCAUGCUGUUGAAGCUGAGCUGUGAUCUUCUUGCUCUGGGCACUGAAGGUGGUGGGGUGCACUUCCUGGAAUUGCCCACCCUCACCUUGCUGAACAAGUCACUGUUCCAGGAUGAGAUCAUGCAGAGCGUUCCAGAGGAGUACAAGUGUGGAAAAUCAUUGGGGCCUGUGGAGUCCCUGCAGGAACAUCCGCAAGACUCUGAUAAAAUCCUCAUUGGUUACAGCAGAGGUCUGGUUGUACUCUGGGACCUCAACAGUCGGCAUGUAGACAACCUCUUUCUGGGAAAGCAGCAGCUGGAGAGUUUGGUCUGGGAACGGUCCGGGAACAGCUUUGUUAGUUCCCAUAGUGAUGGCGGAUACAUGGUGUGGGCUGUCAGCAGCAGCAAUCCCUGCACUCGUGACCCCAUCUCAUCCACAGUACCAUAUGGCCCCUUUCCCUGCAAAGCCGUGAACAAGAUCCUGUGGAGGACAACAGAAUCAGGAGCUCCUCUAGUGUUGUUCAGUGGCGGUAUGCCCAGAGCCAGCUAUGGAGACCGACACUGCUUGACCAUCCUCCAGGACAGCAGCCACGUCACCCUGGACUUCACCUCGCGUGUCAUAGACUUCUUCACCAUUCACUGCACAGACAAAGAUAAGGAAUUUGAUGACCCAUCAGCGCUUGUGGUUCUUUUGGAAGAGGAGCUGGUAGUGAUUGAUCUUCAGAUGGCUGGCUGGCCCACUGUCCCUGCUCCCUAUCUGGCUCCUCUGCACUCCUCUGCCAUCACCUGUUCAUGUCACAUCUCAAAUGUGCCGCCCAAACUGUGGGAGAGAGUGAUCAGUGCGGGCCAGCAGCAGUGUCCUCUGCAGAACUAUGAGAAUUGGCCAAUAUGUGGAGGGAAAAACUUAACACUUGAUCCAAAGCAGAAAGAACUGCUGUUAACUGGUCACGAGGAUGGUACAGUGCGUUUCUGGGAUGCGUCAGGAGUGUCGCUCAAACCGCUGUACAAACUGAGCACAGCCAACAUCUUUCAGACAGACUGCGACCACAACGACAGCCUGACGCAGGCCGGGGAGGAGGAAUGGCCUCCUUUCAGAAAGGUGGGCUGUUUUGACCCAUACAGUGAUGAUCCCAGACUAGCAAUCCAGAAGAUCAGCGUCUGUAAAUACAGCGGAAAACUGGUGGUGGCUGGAACUGCUGGACAAGUUAUAGUUCUGGUUCUUAGCGAUGAGAAGUCCGAUCACAUGAUUGAUGUGGCCACGGUGGACCUGCUCCAGGACCGAGAGGGUUUCACGUGGAAGGGUCAUGACCGGCUGCCUCCUAGGAGCGGCUCAGUAGUGUUUGCUCCUGGAUUCCAGCCGGUUGUCCUGGUGCAGUGCAUGCCCCCCGCGGCCGUUACCGCGGUAACCCUGCACGCAGAGUGGAACCUCAUUGCCUUUGGCACCAGUCAUGGCUUUGGCCUCUUUGACUAUCAUCGGCGAAGUCCAGUGCUGGCGAGGUGCACUCUACACCCCAAUGACUCUCUGGCUAUGGAGGGCCCGCUGUCUCGAGUGAAGUCUCUGAAGAAAUCCCUGCGCCAGUCCUUCAGAAGAAUCCGGAAGAGCAGAGUCUCAGGGAAGAAACGUGCUGUAGUUAAUAGUCCCACCAGUAAAGUGCAGGAGCACGAUGCUGAGGUGGCGCCAGUGCAGAGACGGAUUGAGCCCCGCUCUGCAGACGACUCACUGUCGGGAGUGGUGCGCUGCCUCUGCUUCGCUGACACUUUCCUCAGAGAUGGAACGCAUCACGGCCCUACAAUGUGGGCCGGCACGAACUCUGGCUCCGUGUACGCAUACGCUCUGGACGUACCCUCGCAGGAGAAGUUCUCUGAGCAGAGCGUGGAGGCGCUGCUGGGGAAGGAGAUCCAGCUCAUGCACAGAGCUCCAGUGGUGUCCAUCGCUGUGCUGGAUGGCCGAGGGAACCCUCUGCCGGAGCCGUAUGAAGUCUCCAGAGAUCUGGCCAAGGCCCCAGACAUGCAGGGCAGCCACUCGGUUCUUAUUGCUUCUGAGGAGCAGUUUAAGGUUUUCACACUGCCUAAAGUAAGUGCGAAGACCAAGUUCAAGUUGACCGCCCAUGAAGGUUGUCGAGUCCGAAAGGUGGCACUGUCGAACUUCACCAGCGUUAGCUCUGAAGAUUACUCUGAGAACGCUCUAGUGUGCCUUACCAAUCUGGGUGACAUCCACGUGUUCAGUGUGCCAGCACUGAGACCGCAAACACGCUACGACUGCAUCCGCAAAGAAGACAUCAGUGGCAUUGCUUCCUGCGUGUUCACUAAGACUGGACAAGGGUUGUACCUGAUUUCGCCCUCGGAGUACGAGCGCUUCUCGCUGUCGGCUCGUGUGAUCACAGAGCCGCUGUGCCGAGUGGAUGUGGAGCGACCUCACGAUCUCUCUGCUCACAGUGGUUCCAGCACGCCGCUCCCACCACAGGCUAAUGGAACACACAAGACACAAGCAGAGAGCAAGUCUGUUGAAACUGAAGGGCUCUUGGAUGAAAUGCGAAGCGCCUUGUCCUCGCCCGUCCUGGAUUCUCCAAACAGCAGUGCCGACGUCACUCUGGACACCACUGGCGAGCUCACCGUUGAGGACGUCAAAGACUUCUUAAUGACUGUGGAUGAAGCUGAGAAUAACUACAGGAACAUGACUGAAGAGGAUGGGAGGCCUCCUGGGAUUCUCAUCAACUGAGGCGAGCCGGCAGACAGCUGGAGGAGCAGUUAUGGGUGAAGACUCAUCAGCUGAACUCGUUACUUCUAAUUGGAUCUUGACAGAGCAGUUUGUGACUCCGGAAGUUGCACCAAACAUUGUUCAUGAAGUUUUUACAAUGGGAAUGUUGCACUUUUUCCCCUGUGCCAAAAGACUGAAUGCUUCAUUCUGUUAUCCUCUUUUUCUUCACCUUUCCUCCAGUUUUCUUCUCCUCCUCUUUUUUUUCUUUCUCUGACAACCGUUGGUUCCUUUGAGGGGCCAUAAAAUGGUACAUUUGAGGGGUGACUUUUAAAGGGAUCAGGCAAUAAAACAGCCGAGAUGUUGCACAAUGUCUGUAUGCAGGUAGGGGGCUACUUGCACUGAACCCGUGAAGUUUUUCUUCUUCGUUUGUCUUUUAACAUUCCUGUUUUGUCAUGUCACCUCUCCUCUAAAUUCCUACAUUUCCUACAAAUCUCGAAGGGUAUUUUGGGGCGACCAACUGCACAACAGAAAAUAACUACUCAAGCUUAAUUAUGGGAAAAAAAAAUAUGAAGUGCCCUGCUCAUUUAUGAAGGUAUAUUCUUUCUGUAUGAAGUGUUUGCCCCCCCCCCCCCCCCCCCAUCCCCCCCCUCCCC